AUGAUCGCAGAAAUACUCCGAAAAAUUAUUUCUAAUUUAGCUGCAAGCAAUUUGCAAUGUCAAGGAGGUAAGCUGACACCACAACAGCGCAAAGGUAUCGUUGAUGCGCACAAUAGUUUUCGCUCCAGUUUAAUUAAUGGCAGCGAACAAAACAGAGACAACGAAACUAUGCCUAGAGGAAAAAAUAUGCUAAAAUUAACAUGGGACUGUAAUUUGGAAAAAUCCGCGCAGCAAUGGGCAGAUAAUUGCCGAUUUAAGCAUUCACCAAGACAGUAUAGACAGAAUGCUGGUGAAAAUCUGUACAUGUAUUCUUCGAAAGUAGAUGUCUCAAACAAGGUAGACACAAUUGGAGUACAAGCUUCUAAUUCAUGGUGGUCCGAAUUACCAAAAUUUUAUCAUAACAAUCCCUCAAAUAUAAUGACAGAGAAGGUAUUCAACCAAAGAGUAGGACAUUUUACACAGAUGGCUUGGGGAGCUACUUAUAAAAUUGGUUGCGGUAUUGCUGCACACUGUGAAAGUAAACGACUAAUAAUUGUUGUAUGUCAGUACAAAGUAUCUGGAAAUAUGAUUGAUAGUAAAAUUUAUGAGAUUGGUGAUCCAUGCAAGAAAGACAGUGAUUGCGAUACGAAGAAAUGUUCAGCAGCAGAUGGCUUGUGCAUCAAAGAAUGA